AUGGAUGCCGUUAGGGCCGAAAAACACCGACAAUUCGUUAGCGGUCACACCGGAGGAUCUGCGAUCGAAAUCUUGGGAUUGUUCUCGGCUGCUCUCGCCAUUGGUUAUGUGCGAUUAUUUUUUCACGGGACUUCUGAAACCGUAUCAAUCGCUCUUGAUCUUCUUUGCACUGUUGUGGCCUUCGCGCUUCCCUGCACUCUCCUCGCCGACUACACCCUCGAACUAGUUAUUUUGACCUGUUCCACAGCUUGUCUGGUCUACCUCAAGCUGCCUUCCCUGCGCCACUGCCCUACCUUCCACAACGCGUUCUCGGUGUGGCGUCGUCUACUUCGCGCUGUCGUCCUCUUCUACACUUGCGUCUGCAUCUACGCCGUCGACUUCCCCAUCUUCCCGCGCCGUUUCGCCAAAACCGAGACAUUUGGCAUUUCGCUUAUGGACACGGGUGUGGGCCUUAUUGCCAUCGCUACAGGGAUGUCUAAUGUGGCCUUUAUCAACGAUUGCAGGAAUCGACAAAGCAGUCUGCUCAAGGUCAUCGUCAAAUCAACCAUACCUUCCCUCCUGUUGGGCGCCAUUAGAACAUUAACUGUGAAGACCCUGGGGUAUCCUGAGCAUGUGUCUGAGUACGGGAUUCACUGGAACUUCUUUAUCACACUGGCUUUAGUUCGGCUCGGAGGCUUUCUUUGUGGCUACGUGGUCAGCGGGCAGUCGGACUUCGAUGCGAUGAACAACACGCUUGUGCUCGCCCUGCUCGCUGUCUGUCUUCACCACUUCGGCCUUCUCGUGGGACUGGGCUGGGCUUCGCGCAUAACCAAUGAAAUCUCUCCCGCCGACCGCGAGUCCUCGUUGGUCCUUGCAAACGCGGAGGGCCUGCUCUCUCUCCUCGGCUACCUCAGCCUCUUCCUCUUCGGCACGGUGUUGAGCUACUUUGUGCAUAUUCACACGGACCCCAACAACCGGGGCAGCAAGGUCAAAUUUGUCUGUGUGCAGGGAAAGCGGACGUGGAUCGGUGAGACGCGCAAGGUGGCGACUGCGGUCCUCGGGAUUAGCGCGUUGGCCUUCCUCGUUGUGGCGCUCUACGGUGCUGGGAGCGUCUCCAGGCGUUUAGUCAAUCUACCCUACAUUGCCCUGCAGAUUGGGCUUAUGACGUUUGUAAUGGGUGUUACCCUUCUCUGGGUUUUUCACAAUCAACCUGGAGAAUACAAAGUAACAAAUAAAAAAGACCUGUUUUCCCUGGUCACCAUCGUGUCCGACAAUUCGUUUGCCUACUUUCUCAUCUCAAAUGUGGUGACGGGGCUGUUGAACAUGUUCAUUGACACCCUGGUGAUUGCAGAGUUGCAACCAGCCUGGUUCUCAACCGCUUGCCAGUUCCUCCUCCUGACCGCCUACGUCGUGGUCUGCCCGCUCAUCACGCGCACGCUGUCCUUCCUUCCCCUCAGCCCCAUGCGCGUCAAGGGCUGA